CGACAAGCCGCCGAAGGUCUCGCCUACGUCCACACAAAAUAUGUCAUUCAAGGCGACGUGAGUGUUGGCAACCUCCUCCUUGACCGACAGUCAUCGGUCAAAUUAUAUGAUUUUCAAGGUAAACUCUUGCACUCUGAUGGCACCGUCGCCUUAGAUGGUGGGUCAAGCGAGAGAAGCAUGUCAUCAAUGCCACGUUCGGAUCGCAACUACCGUAACUAUAGAACCAACAUAUUUGCAUUCGGGACAGCACUCUGCGUUAUAAUAAGUGGCCAACUACCCUUUCCUGACCUUGAUACUUUAGAUGAGGACGAGAUCCAUAGAAAAUUCGAGAACCACAACUUUCCACCUUUAGAGGAACUUCCGGCUGAAGACGUUAUCCGGAAAUGUUGGAUCGGAGAAUAUGGAAAUGCAACUGAAAUCGUAGGAGACUUGCAGAUGCUGGAAGAGCGUACUAGAUAGGGGAACUUCUUAAGGACAUCAUGCGACACUGUCCUUGUGGAUCUAUCUAAAUAAGUUUGGUAUUUGUGCUUACAAAUGUAUAUCUUCCUUGAACAGUAAGCUUACUUUGUCAACACUUCGGACAAACUCCACCAUAAACUUUGCUCUUGCCAGAAGGGUUGUUGCCCUUGAUUCCUCUGCAAACUAGAGUACCUGCGUCCUCACACGUGACAACCAUGCCACUGUUUGCGCCUGUAGAUAGGUAGUAGCCUUGCAAUAAGCCGACGGCGCCGCAACCAAUGAUGAGAACUUGUGGUUUCGACGAGAUAAUGAUGAGAGGGUAUUGUAG